AUGAGGCAGGCCAUCAAACUGAAGGCCUUUCGGGUUUGGCUGGCCCGGGGGUCCCCUGAAGCAGCAGGCAGAUCUGGGACUGUGACAGCAGCCGAGCGCAGAGUGGCGGUGGUGCCGGCUGUGGAAUCGCGAGGGAUGAGAAAGCAGCUGGAGCAAAUCAGCAAGAAUGCGAAUGCGAGUGUGCCACUUUCAAAUGGAAGUAGUCCACCAAGCAACUGGUCAUGCUGGAACUCACAGUGCCCCGGGAAAAGUGCAGGGACGAGGGCCAAGGAGAGGAAGAGCACCAAGUACCUGGAGCUUGUGGAAGAGGCAGAAGGCAAGGCUGUCAAACUCGCUGUCCGAGAAACGGGUCCACAGGGUGUGAGACAGCGAGGAGUGAACAAACCUGCAAUGAGCCCCCUGAAUUCAGCCUUAUUGACAAAUGACACUAAUGACAAUAUUGUCCAUCCUGACUACUUUUUCAUAACUGGUCUUGCUGGUAUUCCUCACGCUAACUAUUACUAUAUGUUCUUGUGCUUUGUUUAUGUUCUAACUGUACUGGGAAACACUUUUAUCAUGUUUAUGAUUUACACUGAGCAGUGUCUUCACAGUCCAAAAUACAUUGUAGUUUUUAAUUUGGCUCUGUGCGACUUGUGUGGAAGCACUGCACUCGUUCCUCAGAUGAUUGACACCUUCCUGUUCAAAUCAAAUUUAAUCUCCUUUGGGGCCUGCUUAGCAAACAUGUUUUUUGUUAUUGGUUUUCUCGCUAUGCAGUCUUUCAGUCUCGCUGUUCUUUCCUAUGACAGAUGUAUUGCGAUAUGCUUUCCACUGAGAUACAAUGAGAUUGUGACUCAUAAAUCAAUGUUGAUCAUCAUAGCCAUAUUAUGGAUCAUUGAUGGACUGGCUUUUCUCAUAGCUGUGAUUUUUAUUAACAGGCUGUCAUUCUGCAAAUCCACUGUGAUAAAAAGCUAUUUCUGUGAGCACGGACCCAUUCUGAGUUUGGCGUGCAAUGACAACACUCCAAGUUCUGUGAUUCAUUGGUCACAUCCUAUUAUGAUGUUCUGGCUUCCAGUACUUUUUAUCACAGGCACAUACAUUUGCAUAACCAGAGCAUUAUUAAAAAUUGUAGCAGCCUCAGAGCGCCUCAAAGCCAUGAAAACCUGCACCUCUCAUUUGAUCUUGGUGAGCAUUUUUUAUCUUCCUGCAAUCAUUGCCGUUGCAUUGGGCUCAAUCAUUCACCAGAACGCCAAGAUUCUUAACAUGUCUUUGGCGGUCAUCUUGCCACCUAUGCUGAAUCCAAUCAUUUAUUCACUGAAGACAGAAGAAUUCACAGAAACCAUUAAGAAGUUUUACAGAAGGAAGAAGAUACACAUGCCUGUAUGGAAUAAAUGA